AGUCUGCACAGUGAGAAACUCAAACUCUUCUGUUUGGAGGAUCAAAUACCUGUCUGUUUUGUCUGUCAAACUUCAAAAAAACAUGACAACCACAAAUUUCGACCAGUUCAGGAGGCUGCAGAUGAAAAUAAGGAGAAACUCAGGACUGCACUGGCUCCACUGCAGGAGAAGCUAAAAGCCUUUAAUGCAGUGAAACUAAUCUGUGAUCAAACAGCAGAGCACAUGAAGAGCCAGGCCCAGCACACAGAGAGACAGAUAAAGAUGGAGUUUGAGAAACUUCAGCAGUUCCUAAAAGAUGAAGAGGCAGCCAGGAUCACUGCACUGAGGGAGGAAGAGGAGCAGAAGAAUCAGAUGAUGAAGGAGAAGGAGAAGGUCUCAGGAGCGCUGAUUGAUGUGGCCAAUCAUCUGGGCAAUCUGAAGUACAGAGUGUGGGAGAAGAUGGGGACUGUUCAAUACACUCCUGUGACUCUGGACCCAAACAUAGCACAUCCCAAACUCUCACUGUCUGAGGAUCUGACCAGUGUGAGAUACAGUGAUGAGAAACAGCAGGUUCCUGAUAAUCCAGAGAGAUUUGUUGGGUGUCGUUUGGUGCUGGGCUCUGAGGGAUUCAGCUCAGGGAGACACUGCUGGGAUGUAGAAGUGGGGGGUGGGGACUGGCAGGUCGGUGUGGUUAAAGAGUCCAUCAGCAGGGAAGGGAGUGUGGAUCUGAGUGCAGCAGGAGGAGUGUUCGGUAUAGGGCUGCUAAGGGAAAAAUACAGAGCCCUGACCUCCACACCUGUACUCCUCACUGUGCGGAGGAACCUCCAGAGGGUCAGAGUGCAGCUGGACUGGGACAGGGGGGAGGUGUCAUUCUCUGACCCCAGUAACAACACUCCUCUCCACACUUAUAAACAGUCCUUCACUGAGAGACUGUUUCCUUUCUUUAGUACUCUGGGGACUGUGCGGAUCUGCCCACGGAAGGUGUCUGUAAGUGUAAAAUAGCACUGUGGGAUUGUGGGUAAACAUCGGCUGAAAUCAAAGGGCUGUAUUUAUUCAACUCAGAGCAGGUUUGCUACAAAUGUCAUGAACAAAAACAUGUCAUUCACAAAAUAUUGUCUAUUAUUUUUUACAUUACAGUACCUUACAAGGCAUUUAGCAGAUGCUCUUAUCCAGAGCGACAUAUAAUGAAGUGCAGAUUGAACACAGGAACUAGUGUGAAGAGGACCUGACAGUACGGUUCCGAGUCCUAGAGUGACCAUAUAGAUACAAUCGGAACCCUUGAA